AUGCCUUCACAGCCAGUUGUUGAUGACAUUCCAACAAAUGUUAUGUCAUUAUUUCAAAUUGCAUCUGAUGCUGUUGCAAAGACACCAUUUAUGUUGGAAUGUAGAUAUCGUAAAACAUUUCAAGAAACAAUUGAAUCAACUUCAAUAUCGAGUAGUAAUGAUAGUAAUAUAACAGACGAGGAUGAUGUAUUUCAUUCAUGUGAUUCUGCAUCCCUUUCAUCACUUGAUUCCAUGACAAGUAAUUUUACAGACAAUGUUCGUGUAAACAAAAUGUUUUGCAGUUUUAGUAAUGAUUAUCAAUUUAAUAACUAUGAAUUACAAUCACAUUUUUGUUUUCCUCUAGAAAUUUGUGAGUCAGUCUUUAAUUCUUUUGCAACAAUCUUAAAAAAACCUACAAAUGGAAACCCAUAUAAGCCAUUACAACAAUUAGUAAAUUUUCUUCUUAAUAGUUGUUUACCAUUAAGAAAUGUCUCAUUACAAGGUUUGACUAUCAAUGAUGAAUUACUGACAACAUUACUUGUUAAGCAACACUUAAAUUUAGAAACAUUAGAUAUUAAAAAUACAAGAAAAGAGUCAUUAGUUGGUAUUAAGACAAAUAAAUUGCUCGAAAAACAUGAUAUUUAUUUUCCAAGACUUAUAAGUUUAUCAUUAAAUUGUCUAGAUUUAAUGAGAAAACCUUCAUUAGAUAAAAGAUUUGGAAAAAUAAAUUAUAUGGCAUCUUCUAAUCAAAAUACAAGUUCAAGACAAAAUCAUUUACCAGUUUUGGGUGAAGAUGCUUUAGAGGGAACUGCUUUAAAUUGUUAUAAAGAUGAUGAAUUAAAUAAAAUAUCAACAGAAAAUAAAAAAGUUGAAUUUAAACAUUUUUCAUUAAGGUGUCCUGAAUUAAUGGAAUUAACUUUACACAAUACUAAUGAUUAUGAAAUAACAGAAGAAAGUUGGGAUGACUUUUUAGAAAGAAUAUUAUAUCCAGUAAAAAAACUUAUUACUCUUGAUAUUAGUUAUUGGCGGUCACUUCAAACAUUUAAUUUCUUAAAAAUGGUUCCAAAUUUAACAAAAUUAAUUUUAUUUGAUAUUAAAGCUACUGUUGAUAAUAUUGAUAAUAUUUUACAAUUAAAAGAAUUGAAAUAUUUAGAUAUAUCUGUUAGUAAUCCAGCAAUUGGAACAUAUAGUUAUCCUGUUGGUACUUUAGAUAAAAUAAUUAAAAGUCUCCCUUAUUUGGAAUAUUUGGAUAUUUCUCAGACAAAUUUACCGGAAACUCCACAAUAUCAAGAAAUGGAUAAUUAUCCUUUUGGUGGUAUUCAAUCAGACAUCAUUGGUUUACGAUCUUUAAAAAGAAAACUAAAAUUUUUAGGAAUUUAUAAUUGUAAUGGAGUUGCUAAUUAUGGUGAGAUACCAGCUGAACGGGUGGCUGGAGAAUUUAAAGAAAUACAAUUAAUAACAGCAAUGGAAAUUUAUCAAGAUAGACCUGAAAUGCUUCAACUUGUUUUUAAUGAAUCAUACAAUCAUUAUAGAUUUGGAAAUGAUCUUAAAUACCAGCCUCAGGCUCUUCAAUAUGUUAUUUCUGGAUUAAAUAAACACCUCACCAAUUCAGCACUCCAAAUUGCUGGAUCUGCUGCUAUGUUUUAUAUUUUAAGAUGUGUUAAGAUGACUGCAACAACAAAAAAAAAAGUUAUAAUGGCAUUAUUAGAUGGUAUGCAAGAACAUAUGGAGGAACAAGUUAUGGUUAGAAAUUGUUGUUUAAGUUUAUGUCAAUUUGAUAUUCCAUCUGAGGUUAUUUUUGAUUAUUAUAGACUUGCAAAAUUACUUGUAAGAGUUUUAAAAACUCAUAGUUCUGAUCAAUUGACACAAAGAAUUGUUAUAUUUCUUUUAAAUUCUAUGGCAUGCCAUGUUGAUGGUGAACAAAAAAUACAAGUUGGAGAAUUAGGAGCAAUUGAAGUUAUACUAGAACAAAUUAGAAAAAAACAAGUUCAAAACCAGGCUGAUGAUAUUAUGGAAGUUGCAUGGUCAUUUUUAUGGAAUAUCACUGAUGAAACACCAUUAAAUUGUGAAAGAUUUUUAAAAGCUGAUGGAUUAUCUUUAUUUAGAAGUUAUUAUAGACAAUUUAGUAAUGAAGUUGAAGUAGUCAGAAAUAUGAUGGGUUUAAUUGGAAAUAUUGCGGAAGUUAAACAUUUAAGACAUUAUAUGAUGAAAGAUGAAUAUAUUGAAAUUUUUUGUCUUUUACUUGAUACAAUGUCUGAUGGUAGUAUUGAGAUAAGUUAUAAUAGUGCUGGAGUAUUAAGUCAUAUUAUAAGUGAUGGUGAGGAAGUUUUUUAUGGUUUAAAUUCUAAAAGAGAUGAAGUUAUGAAAAAGGUAGAUGCUGCUAUUUUUAAAUGGAAUUUAAUGACAAGGCGUUUUAUAAAUUAUCGUUCAUUUAAACCAAUUCUUAAUUUAAUAACAAAUUUUUCCUCACCAGCCUCACAACAUUGGGCUAUUUGGGCAUUGGCAAAUUUGACAACAACUGAUACACAUAAGUAUUGUUCAUAUAUUGAAAAAGAAGAGGGUAUUGAAUUACUUGAGUGUGUUCAAAAAAAUUCUUCUACACCUAGUCAUAUAUUAAAAUUAUUAGAUGUUAUCUUUGAAAAUAUAAAAAAAUGGAAAUAUGAUAUUUCUAGAGGACAUUUUGAAAAUUCCAUGGAAUGGGACAAUUAA